GACAGGCCCGGUGAGAAAUGCGCCUCCCAGAUAUUCUUGGGAAUGAAUCUAUGGGCGAUCGGUAACGACGAUGCAGAUGAUGGACCCGCGGCGCAUCAGGCAAAGAUUAAAGUUAGUUGGCAAUUCGGGGCACUGGUUGUCGAUCCUGACCACGGCGCUCCGUACGUUGGCAGUCUAGCCGCCUAUUUGCCCCGGUAUGGUGAGGGCGACGUAAUUUCCCCCAUUAUUGGCCGGGCCACGUACGUCGCACCGAUUUUGAGCCACCCAGGAGGGGUCUAUACCAGAAAUGACGUUAAGGAAGGGAUGCGAUCGAUGUUUGAGUGUAUCAGUCCAUCUGGCUGGGCGUCGAUCCCAUCCUGCCUUGGGGUUUGGGGACCACAUACAUACUCCCUAUAG